AGAGAAAAUAAACAAAUUUAAAGAAAAAACUCAGAAAAUUAAGCUGUAAAGAUUCAAGAAAAGCUUUGGUUGUAAAGGAAACAGAGCAAGAAUCAGACCAACUUGGAUUCCAACAUGUUGUGUGCUGUUCUUUCGUUCUUUCUGACACACACCCUAUUGUUCUUCUUACGCUUGUGGCCCCAUCCUCCACAUGUGCUUCCGCUUCCCCUCAUUCUAAUCCCAUAAACACAUUAUUUGAUGUGUUCUUUCUAUUGGGUCGGAUAAAAAAUCCUUACUUUCCAAUCUGUUCUUGAAGAUUUUUAACUUUGAAUCGAGUUCUUACCAAAAAAACUAUGUUUUUCUGUUUUUAUGCAAUGAUUUUUGCUCUCUCUUGAGAAAUCUUGUCCUUCGUUCUGCUGCUGUUUCUUUCCAUGGAGAAGAAAACCCAGUUGGGAUUCAACCAUUUUCUCCUCGUUCAUCUCUUAACCUUCGCUUCAAUCUUCCUCUCUGCAAAACCCCAAGAACUCAGCUCUGAUGUCUCUGUAAUGCUGGCACUGAAAAAGGGUCUAAACCCGCCGGAAUCUCUUGGCUGGUCGGACCCCAAUCCCUGCAAGUGGAGCUUUGUCCUCUGUUCCGACGACAAUCGGGUCACUCGGAUCCAAAUCGGCCGCCAAAAUCUUCAGGGUACGCUCCCUUCAAAUCUACAAAAUCUCUCAGCUUUAGAGCGAUUAGAGCUUCAAUGGAACAAAAUCUCUGGCCCUUUGCCGAGCUUGGGCGGAUUAACCUCUUUGCAAGUGCUUUUGCUUAGUGGGAAUCAGUUCACUUCCAUUCCGGCGGAUUUCUUCGCCGGAAUGAGCUCGCUUCAAGCUGUUGAAAUCGACGAUAACCCCUUUUCAGCCUGGGAGAUUCCGGCGAGUCUUCAUAAUGCUUCCACUCUACAAAACUUCUCAGCCAACUCCGCCAAUGUUUCCGGCCAAAUUCCGGCGUUUCUCUGCGGCGAUGACAUUCCAGGGCUGACUAAUUUACACCUUGCUUUUAAUAAUCUUGAAGGGGGUCUUCCUUCUAGCUGCUCUGGGUCUCAAUUGGUGUCUCUAUGGGUUAAUGGCCAAAAAAGUGUCAAUAAGCUUAGUGGGAGUAUUGAUGUUUUGCAGAACAUGACUUCUUUGAGUGAAAUUUGGUUGCAUUCGAACUCGUUUUCUGGUCGUUUACCGGAUUUCUCAAGGUUGAAGGAUUUGCAGGUUUUGAGUUUAAGAGAUAACAAGUUUACAGGUCUUGUUCCAAGUUCUUUGAUGAAUUCUGAGUCGUUGAAAGUGGUGAAUUUGACUAAUAAUCUGCUACAGGGUCCAGUUCCUCUGUUCAAAACAGGGGUCGUUGUGGAUUUAGCUAAUGAUUCCAACAGUUUUUGUUUGUCAAAACCUGGGGAAUGUGAUUCACGAGUAAAUUCAUUGCUUUCCAUUGUGAAAUUCAUGGGUUUUCCUCAAAGAUUUGCAGAGAAUUGGAAGGGAAAUGAUCCUUGUAAUGAAUGGAUUGGAAUUUCUUGCAGGAAUCAGAGCAUAACCAUUAUAAACUUCCAAAAAAUGGGGCUUUCUGGUGUGGUUUCUUCAGAGUUUGCUACUCUUAAAGGGCUGGAGAGAUUGGUUCUUGCUGAUAAUAACCUCACAGGCUCUGUUCCUGAGGAGCUUACAAGCCUUCGUUUUCUAACUGAGCUGGAUGUUUCAAACAAUCAGCUUUCUGGGAAGAUCCCAAAUUUCAGGAGUAAUGUGAUGAUUAACACUAAGGGCAACCCUGAUAUUGGGAAAGAAACGAGUGAUUCUUCUAUGAAUGGCGCUCCGUUGUCGUCUGACUCGAAGGGAGCGGGUUCGAACGGUGGUCGAAACUCGGGAGAUGGGGAGAAGAAACAUAAUUCCAUGGUUGGUGUCAUUGUGGUUUCUGUAGUUGGAGGGCUGUUUGUUGUUUUCUUGAUUGGUUUGGUGGUUGUGUGUGUGUAUAAAAGGAAGCAGAAGCGAUUUAGUCAAGUGCAAAGCCCGAACGCGUUGGUUGUUCAUCCACGGUAUUCGGGUUCGGAUAACGAGAGUGUGAAGAUCACGGUUGCUGGAUCAAGUGUUAGUGUAGGUGCUAUUAGUGAAACACGAUAUGGUGAUAGUAGUGAGAUUGGUGAUAUUCAAAUGGUUGAAUCAGGAAACAUGGUGAUUUCGAUUCAAGUGUUGAAAAACGUCACGAAUAAUUUCAGUGAAGAGAAUGUUUUGGGACGGGGAGGAUUCGGGACGGUCUAUAAAGGAGAAUUACACGACGGGACGAAGAUUGCAGUGAAGAGAAUGGAGUCGGGAGUGAUUAAAAGCAAGGGAUUAACAGAGUUUAAGUCUGAGAUUGCUGUUUUGACAAAAGUUCGACACCGACAUCUCGUCGCUCUUCUCGGAUACUGUUUGGACGGGAACGAGAAGCUUCUUGUCUACGAGUUCAUGCCUCAAGGUACACUUAGUAGGCAUCUUUUCAACUGGAUAGAAGAAGGAUUAAGACCUUUGGAAUGGACAAAGAGGCUGACCAUUGCAUUAGAUGUUGCAAGGGGUGUUGAGUAUCUACAUGGUUUGGCUCAUCAAAGCUUUAUACAUAGGGAUUUGAAGCCUUCAAACAUUCUUCUUGGAGAUGAUAUGAGGGCUAAGGUUGCAGACUUUGGUCUCGUGCGUUUAGCACCGGAAGGUAAGGGUUCUAUUGAGACGAGGAUCGCCGGGACCUUCGGAUAUUUGGCACCAGAAUAUGCAGUUACGGGUCGAGUAACGACUAAAGUUGAUGUAUUCAGCUUUGGUGUGAUUCUAAUGGAGCUGAUCACUGGGAGAAGGGCACUUGACGAAAGCCAACCUGAGGAGAGUAUGCACCUUGUAACUUGGUUCCGAAGGAUGCAAAUCAACAAGGAAUCCUUCCACAAGGCCAUUGAUUCGACCAUUGAUCGUACCGAAGAAACGUUCGCCAGCAUCAGCACCGUUGCCGAGUUGGCAGGUCAUUGUAGUGCUAGGGAGCCACAACAAAGGCCAGACAUGGGUCAUGCAGUCAAUGUAUUGUCAUCUCUUGUCGAGUUUUGGAAACCAACUGACCAAAAUGUCGAAGAUAUAUAUGGCAUUGACCUCGAGAUGUCGUUGCCUCAAGCACUUAAGAAAUGGCAAGCUUAUGAAGGUAGAAGUCAGAUGGAAUCGUCUUCGUCGUCACUUCUUCCUAGCUUCGACAACACUCAAACAAGCAUACCGACACGACCGUACGGGUUUGCAGAAUCAUUCACAUCUGCAGAUGGGAGAUGAAAACUAUUUCUAAUGCAAAAUAGUGUUUAUAUGUAAUUGUUCUCAUCCCUACAAUUACUACUGAUUUCUCAUAUGUUUUAGUAUGGAUGCGUAUUGUGUAUUGAACCAGAAAAAAUGGUGAAGAGAUAGGGAAAAGGGUUUAUCUAGAUCAUCUCUUUUUAACUCUAAAA